AAUGUGCUUGAAUUUGUUUGCAUCUUCGUCAGCUUAUUCGUUUGCAGACUAGAAAAAUGGCGAACAGCCAUCAAAAUACUGAUUCAAAAUGCACAUCUUUCACUGGACACACAAAUGGGUGCGCGCAGCGAAAUUCAGCCCUAAUGGCGAAUGUGUGCGAACGUUCGCCGUGGGAAGAGGUAUGGGACGACAGCUGGCAUGGCAUCCAGACGGUAAUCUGGUGGCUUUAGCAUUAAGUUAUAACCGCGUUAAGAUAUUUGGCAUAGCUGAAGGCGAGCUAAUACAGUGCAUUCGUCGCCGAAGAAUGAUGUUGCAUUUCACCCAAGUGGAAAUUUCUUGGUGACUGGCGGCGAUGACGAUACAAUAAGAUUGCUUGAUUUAU